UUCCUCUAGCAUCGGGUUUCUCCAGCGCACUGGUAUUUAAAUCUGCUGCACUGGGAAAAAGCCUGUGGACGCCUGUCAUCGUGAGUGAAUCUGCUCUACUGGAGGAUUUGGCACUCGUUUUCUUUCAAAAUAGAAAUUGUAUCUCUUGCAUUUGCUCCGUAAUACAUUGUAGCUUCUAGCGGCGCGCGCUUUUAUUCCAACAAGCCUGAAUGAAAGGCUGCGUGUUUGGCCAUGUUUUCAACCGUAACAUUUAAGCAGAAUAUUAUAUAAUGCGUCAUUAUCAUUUUGUAAUUAUGGUUUAGUCAUUUGUGCCUUUUGUGUCGUGAGUGGCCUAUAGAGACAAGGGGACCGUUUCAAUGGACUCUUAAAAAACAUCGACGUCAGUUCAAAUCCAUUCAUUUGAAUAGGUCUUCGGCUCGUUUGUGCAUAUUGUGAAAUAAUAAUACAAGGGGGAAAAACAGAUAUAUCGUCUACGGUUGCCUAUACUCGAGUUGCAUCAUGUUCAGCUGGUUGGGUACCGAUGACAGGAGGAAGAAAGAUCCAGAAGUCUUCCAGACUGUCAGUGAAGGACUCAAGAAGCUUUACAAAACCAAACUGCUCCCACUGGAGGAACACUACAAAUUCCACGAGUUUCACUCACCCGCUUUGGAGGAUGCAGAUUUUGACAAUAAGCCAAUGGUACUCCUGGUGGGACAGUAUUCCACUGGCAAAACCAGCUUCAUAAGAUAUCUUCUGGAGCAGGACUUCCCUGGUAUGCGGAUCGGUCCAGAACCAACAACUGACUCCUUCAUUGCAGUGAUGCACGGCACCAUGGAGGGACUAAUACCAGGAAACGCUCUGGUAGUGGAUCCCAAAAAACCCUUUCGGAAACUCAACGCCUUUGGCAAUGCCUUCCUUAACAGGUUUGUGUGUGCCCAGCUGCCCAACCCUGUUCUGGAGAGCAUCAGUGUGAUUGACACCCCAGGAAUCCUGAGCGGAGAGAAACAGAGGAUCAGCAGAGGCUAUGACUUCGCUGCUGUGCUGGAGUGGUUCGCCGAACGCGUGGACCGCAUCAUUCUGCUGUUUGACGCCCACAAGCUGGACAUCUCAGACGAGUUCUCGGAGGUCAUCAAGGCCCUCAAGAACCACGAGGACAAGAUCCGCGUUGUGCUUAACAAGGCCGACCAGAUCGAGACGCAGCAGUUAAUGCGCGUCUAUGGUGCCCUCAUGUGGUCGCUGGGGAAGAUUGUCAACACACCUGAGGUGAUUCGUGUCUACAUCGGCUCUUUUUGGUCGCAUCCAUUACUGAUUCCAGACAAUCGCAAACUGUUUGAGGUGGAAGAGAAAGACCUGUUCAAGGAUAUCCAGUCGCUGCCCCGUAACGCCGCCCUUCGCAAGCUCAACGAUCUGAUCAAAAGAGCUCGUCUUGCUAAGGUCCAUGCAUACAUCAUUAGCUCCUUGAAAAAAGAGAUGCCUACAGUCUUCGGGAAGGACAACAAAAAGAAGGAGCUGAUUAACAGCUUGGGCGAGAUCUACAGCCGCAUUGAGAAGGAGCACCAGAUUUCCCCGGGAGACUUCCCUAAUCUUAAGAAAAUGCAGGAGCAGCUUCAUGCACAUGAUCUGAACAAGUUUCAUCCUCUGAAAAUUAAGCUAUUGGACACCGUGGAUGACAUGCUUGCCCACGACAUCGCCCAGCUUAUGGUUCUGGUGCGCCAGGAGGAGACGCAGCACCCUAACCAGGUGGUGAAGGGCGGUGCCUUCGAGGGAACCAUGAAUGGGCCGUUCGGACACGGUUAUGGCGAGGGAGCCGGCGAGGGCAUUGAUGAAGUCGAAUGGGUGGUGGCACGUGACAAACCAAUGUAUGAUGAAAUCUUCUACACUCUCUCACCCGUCAAUGGAAAAGUGACUGGAGCCAAUGCCAAGAAGGAGAUGGUGAAGUCCAAGCUGCCAAACACUGUGCUGGGUAAGAUCUGGAAACUGGCUGACAUUGAUAACGAUGGGAUGCUCGAUGACGAGGAGUUCGCCUUGGCCAAUCAUCUGAUCAAGGUCAAACUAGAAGGUCACGAGCUUCCAAGCGAACUGCCCGCUCAUCUUGUGCCACCCUCCAAAAGAAAGGUCCCAGAGUAAGAUUGGUUUGGAAUUGGGAUGGAUUUUGGGAAAGCAUAUAGUUUGAAUUUAGGUUGCAGCUGAAUUAAUGAUGGCUGGACAGCUGUUAUGAUUAUUAUUCUUUGAUAUGUGUGAUUUAAGCUUCACUAGCAAGAAUGGAUUUAAAAAAUGACCCACCUCAACUCUUUUGACUUGUGUUUGUAAUUUUUUGUUUAGUUUUAUUUUAUUUUUCAUGAACAAAUUGUGCUGUCUACAGUGUCUAAAAAUAUUUUAUAUGUGCUUUCAGAUUUUAAGUCUUUCAAUAUCAUCUGUGCGGCUGUCAUGACUGUAACACAGACAUGUUGCGAUAAAAGAUAUUAAAUGUAAAAAAGUUAAUUUUUCCGAUCGCUUGAUUUCAAUUUCUGUGACAAAUUGCUUGCUAGCCUUUCCCACAGUGAAAUCUCAUUGGUUAAAAAAAAAUCUACUGUAUGUAAUUACAUUAAACAUUAUCUUCUGAUCGGUUGUCAUUGUGUCUGGUUAGGACACACUAACAUUCUUUCACAAAUGUAUUUCACUUUCACACUCACUUUACACUACUGUUCAAAUGUUAAGAGUCAAUACGUUGCUUUUGAAGCUAUAGUGAAAA